AUGCUACUCCUUCACAAGUACCAGCGAGGUGACAUCGAUGUAGAGCGAGAGCGGCAAAGGGUUAACACACACAAGGAUAACCCGAACUGCUUGGCAGAUGAGCAGCAACAUGACAGGGAGCACAUACCUCGUCUUCCAAAACGAACUCAUGACACAGGAGACCGUGACGACGCUCCAUUCCCUCGCCGAAGGAUCAACAUAAUCAUAGGCGGAUUAUCUACAUGCCGUGAUUCCCUUCGAUCAAUCCAGGCUUACUGUCCCAAGGAAGAAACGAAGCGCAACUGGCCCUCAAAUAGCAGCACUGCCAAGAAGCCUUCUGACCCUAUAAUCUUCACCGACGAGGACGCAGGCAACGCAAGCCCAAACAACAAUCCGCUGGUCAUGGAGAUGGUGAUUGGAGAAAGUUUGGUGACAAGGAUCCUUAUUGAUAUCGGAAGCUCGGUGAAUGUGAAAUUCAAGGACAUGCAAAUCCAGAUGGACAUCGAUCUCCGCAACACAGUCGCUGAUACGCAGCCUAUGACAGGAUUCGACGGCAAUACCAUCAUGACUGUUGGAACCAUAAUUCUCCUGAUCUACAUCGGUGCCACGAUGCAAUGCUUCAACUUCGCAAUUGUGUAUAAACCCAUUGUCUACAACGUCAUUCUGGGAACACCAUGGCUCCAUAAGAUGCGUGCUGUCGCUUCAACUUAUCAUCAAUGCGUUAAGUUUCCAAACACGUACGGUAUCUACACAUUGCGCGGAGAUCCAUUGAUGGCGCGAACGUGCUUCAUCAUUGAGAAGAAGAUGGGAAAUGCAAGGGCGUUUGUGACUGCUGAAUCAGCACCGCUGCGAGAUCCACGCAGACCACCUCCGGGAGAAUCUGUGAUCCAAGUGAACAUCGAUUUUUCCGAUCCCAAUUGCUGUGUAAUCAUUGGCGCCGAGCUACCAUUAGCACUGAGGGACGAGCUUGUCCAGUUCGCGUGGACGAUAGAUCAGAUGAAUGGAAUCGACCAUAGCAUAACUAUUCACGAGCUCAACGUAGAUCCAACUUACAAACCUGUGAAGCAAAAGCGUCGAAAGCUCGGUGUGGAACGCACAACUGCGGUCAAUGACGAGGUAUGGAAGCUACUUGAUGUGGGAUCAAUCACUGAAGUUUGCUAUCCGGAUUGGCUUAGUAAUCCAGUUGUGGUUAAGAAGAAGAACAGAACGUGGAGAGUGUGUGUCGACUUCACCGACCUCAACAAAGCCUGUCCAAAAGACAGUUUUCCUCUUCCGCGCAUUGACCAACUUCUCGAGGCCACGGCCGGAAACAAACUGCUGUCUUUCAUGGAUGCGUUCUUCGGCUACCACCAGCUAAUGAUGCACAAAGAUGACCGUGAGAAGACCGUGUUUAUUACUGAACAAGGCACUUUCUGCUACAGAGUCAUGCCUUUUCUGUUAAAAAAUGCGGGAGCAACGUAUCAAAGACUUGUGAACCGGAUGUUUGCAAGCCAACUUGGUUGGACCAUGGAAGUCUACAUUGACGACAUGCUUGUCAAGUCAGCUCGAGCAUCUGACUAUGUCACACACUUGAAGCAGUGUUUUGAGAUACUCAACAAGUACAACAUGAAGCUUAACCCGGCUAAGUGCACAUUUGGUGUAACUUCCGGAGAAUUCCUGGGGUACUUCGUUACAAAACGCGGUAUUGAAGCUAAUCCAAAACAGAUUUCAGCAAUUAUCAAUCUUCCUUCCCCAAGGAAUACCCACGAGUUGCAACGUCUUAUUGGACGAAUUGCCGCGUUAAACCGCUUCAUCUCCCGUUCAACAGACAAAUGCUUACCGUUUUAUCAGCUCCUUCGCACAAACAAACGUUUUGAGUGGGACGAGAAAUGCGAAUCGGGAGAGACGUUGUAUCUUUACAUCGCAAUAUCUUGUUCGGCCGUAAGUGGCGUGCUUGUAAGAGAAGAUGGUGGCGAGCAAAAUCCUAUCUUCUACGUGAGCAAGACUCUCGAUGGCGCCAAACUUCGAUAUCUGACUCUUGAGAAGCUUGCAUAUGCGGUCGUAAUAUCAGCUUGCAAGCUCCGCCCCUACUUCCAAUCUCACACUGUCGAAGUCUUGACGAAUCAGCCUCUACGAACAAUUCUCCAUAGCCCAAGCCAGUCAGAACGCCUAGCGAAAUGGGCAGUUAAGUUAAGCGAGUACGAUAUAGAAUACAAGAACCGCACCAUUGCCAAGUCACAAGUUCUCGCAGAUUUCCUCGUUGAACUCUCUCCCAAACUCGAAGAUGACUCCCCUCAACCUGAAAUAUGGACACUUCACGUGGACGGCACAUCAUCGAAGUUGGGCUCAGGAGUGGGUGUACGCCUAACCUCUCCAACAAGAAAAAUCUUGGAGCAGUCGUUCUGUCUUGCAUUCUCCGCUUCAAACAACGACGCUGAGUAUGAAGCAUUAAUCGUUGGAUUGCGUCUCGCGCACGGAAUCAGAGUAAAAAAGAUCCAAGCUUACUGCGAUUCUCAGCUGGUCUUGCAUCAUUUUAGUGGAGAUUAUGCAGCUAGACACGAGCGCAUGGAUGUCUACCUCAAGGUCGUUCGCGACUUGUCCCAAAAGUUCGAGUUCUUUGAGCUCGUCAAGAUCCCCCGAAGCAACAAUGCUCCGGCUGAUGCACUCGCGAUGCUUGCUUCUACAUCAGAUCCUGAUCUCCACCGAGUAAUACCUAUAGAGAACAUUGAUCACCCAAGUAUUGACGUCAACUUGUUGCCCCCCGCUCCAGCCAAGUUUCUUGAAGUUGCGCCCUCAGCGGACACACCAGCAAACCCGAGCAACGUCUUAGCAAUUACCUCAGCAGUCACAAGACCAGCCCCAGCGGCCACAAAUGCACCCACCCAAGCUAUGCCCUUUGCAGCUCCUGAUAUCUCCGCAAAUGAUGACUGGCAAACUGAAAUCAUUAGGUUCAUCGCAGAUGGAAUAAUCCCAACAGACAAGUGGGAAGCAAGGCAUAUGCGGGUUAAGAGCGCACACUACACGACGUUGGACGGCAACUUGUUUCGUUGGGAUGCAGCCGGCGCUCUUCUCAUCUGCGUCAGCAAGAAGGACGUCAACGAUAUCAUGCGAGAAGUUCAAGAAGAAGCUGGCGGAAACCACUCUGGCGGCCGCGCUUUGGCACUCCGAAAUUCACCGCAAUGGUCACUUCUGGCCAACCAUGGUUGCCGAUUGUUCCGCAUUCGCAGCCAAGUACGAAAAAUGUCAGCGUCACGCACCGUUCAUCCAUUCUCCGACCAAACUUUUGCGAACAAGGUCACCACCCUACCCGUUCAUGGGAUGGGCGAUGGAUAUUGUCGGUCCUCUAAUACCAUCUAA